AGGCACAGAGAAUGCCAAGUCCCUCCUAGAUGGUGGAGGUAGGGUGCCAGAGGACACUGCCUCCAAGACACCCGCACAGGCACGCACGCACGCACACCAAGAUAAGCCCCGGGAGGCAGGAGCCGGGGAGAGCCACGCAGGGUCACCGCCCCGCGAGGUGUGGCCGCUGCUGCUCCCAGGUUCCUCUGUUCGCUUAUUACGCCCCACCUAGGGCCCAAGGUACUGUCUCCGCCCUCUGAACCCCGGGAAAACCUAGGUGACCUGGGAGAUCCGUUCGUACGUUGGUGUGGGACUUGUGGAGACUGCGGGGCGGGAGACGUAGAAAUUGAGGUGCGGGGAGUGACGCCUUGCAGGAGGCUGCCCCGCCCCCCUCCUCCUGAUUUCGCUGAGGAGGGAGCCGCCCCGUUCCCGGCCCUAACUGGCCCCCAGGCCGCGAGGAGCUUCCAGGAGGUGGAGACGGAGCCGACCUGCAGAGAUGGAGGCGACUAGUACCUGGGCGCUGCUGCUGGCGCUGUUGUCGCUGCUGCUGCUGCUGGCUCUGGCGCUGCCCAGGACACCGGCCAGAGGCCACCUGCCCCCGGGGCCCACGCCGCUGCCGCUGCUCGGGAACCUCCUGCAGCUGCGUCCCGGGGCUCUGUACUCCGGGCUCUUGCGGCUAAGUAAGAAAUAUGGGCCCGUGUUCACCGUACACCUGGGCCCCUGGCGCCAAGUCGUGGUCCUGGUUGGGCACGAUGCUGUUCGCGAGGCCUUGGGAGGUCAGGCUGAGGAAUUCAGUGGGCGGGGAUCGUUGGCAACGCUGGACAAGACUUUUGAUGGUCAUGGGGUUUUCUUUGCCAAUGGGGAGCGCUGGAAACAGCUGCGGAAAUUCACCCUGCUUGCUCUACGGGACCUGGGCAUGGGCAAGCGAGUAGGCGAGGAGCUGAUCCAAGGGGAAGUGCAGAAUCUGGUGGAGGCGUUCCAGAAGACGGAAGGAUGCCCAUUUGACCCGUCCCUGCUGCUGGCCCAGGCCACCUCAAAUGUCAUCUGUUCCCUCAUGUUUGGCAUCCGUUUGCCCUAUGAAGAUAAAGAGUUCCAGGCUGUGAUCCGGGCAGCAAGUGGUACCUUGGUGGGGAUCAGCUCCCCGUGGGGCCAGGCCUACGAGAUGUUCUCCUCGCUGCUGCAGCCCCUCCCAGGCCCACACAGGCAGCUCCAACACCACCUGGGCACCCUGGCUGCCUUCGUUAUGCAGCAGGUACAGCGACACCAGGGAAGCUUCCACGCCUCGGUUCCUGCACGUGACGUCGUCGAUGCCUUCCUGCUGAAGAUGGCACAGGAGAAACAAAACCCAGGUACAGAAUUCACCGAGAAGAACUUGCUGAUGACGGUCACGUAUCUGCUGUUUGCUGGGACGAUGACCGUUGGCGCCACCAUCCGCUAUGCCCUCCUGCUCCUGCUAAAACACCCUCAAGUCCAACAGCGUGUUCGGGAGGAGCUGAUCCAGGAGCUGGGUCCCGGCAGGGCUCCGAGUCUGAGCGAGCGCGCUCGGCUCCCUUACACGGAUGCAGUUUUACACGAGGCACAGCGGCUCCUGGCAUUGGUGCCCAUGGGAAUGCCUCACACCCUCACGAGGACCACUUGCUUCCGAGGAUACACUCUGCCCCAGGGCACGGAGGUCUUCCCUCUGAUCGGCUCCGUACUGCGUGACCCUGGGGUUUUCAAGGACCCAGAGGAGUUCCAUCCGGGCCGCUUCCUAGACGCCGAUGGCCGGCUGAGGAAACACGAAGCUUUCCUGCCCUACUCCUUAGGUAAGCGAGUGUGCCUGGGAGAAGGCCUCGCUCGGGCGGAGUUAUGGCUCUUCUUCACCGCCAUCUUGCAGGCCUUUUCUCUGGAGACCCCGUGCCCGCUGGGUGACUUGAGCCUGCAGCCAGCGGUCAGCGGACUUUUCAACAUCCCCCCAGACUUCCAGCUGCAGGUCUGGCCCACAGGGGACCAUUCCAGAUGAAGGAAGGGAUUUGGAAGGUGGGAGCCACCUGGGGCGGACGAAGUCUGAAGAGUGUGUGAAGCAGCCGUCUCAGAAG